AUGAGUGAAUUCUGGUUGUGCUUCAACUGCUGUAUUGCUGAGCAGCCCCAGCCGAAGCGGCGAAGGCGUAUUGACCGCAGUAUGAUCGGCGAGCCGACAAACUUUGUUCACACAGCUCAUGUAGGCUCAGGGGAUCUCUUCAGUGGCAUGAACUCUGUGAAUUCUAUUCAGAACCAAAUGCAGUCAAAAGGGGGCUAUGGAGGAGAGGCCAUGCCUGUCAAUGUGCAGAUGCAGCUUGUGGACACAAAAGCUGGAUAAUAGGCUCUUGAGGGUUCUUGGUUCUGUGUUUCUCAAUGCUGAUUUCUUUGCUUGCUCAGCCCAUACCUCACUCCGCCUCUUAACUUAAGUGACUUGCCCCCUCCCUCCCUGCUUUCGACUCUCCCCUCAGCCCCUCAUGCAGCCAACACAUGGACAGUUGUACACUCCAUGGGAAAGAAGCUGCCCCACCUGGAGGUCAUCCUG